AUGAUAUUGGACAAAGACCCCAAGUUCAAGGGCAAGUUCAUGAAGGCCUGCCGGGUGCGGGCUGGUGAAGAGGAUGAGACAGGUCAUGAGAUCCCUCGCCCAAGUGAUGUCAUGGACUUCGAAGAGACCUCGAUGGAAGUCUUUGUUGAGCUGGGUCUCUUGACAGAGGCUGAGUUCGACAAGCUGUCGGGCCUAUCCUCUGUCAACCUGACGGGCCCAAUCCUCCGAGCCGAGAUGAUUGAGCUCCCAUCCCAGUUUGGGUUGCCCAAGAAGUUCUUCUUGUUCUCUUUGGAGGGGCUCGGAUGUGAUAUCGUGCAUGGCUUGAGACGAUUGCGUGUGAGCUGUCGGUUUGGGAUACGACACGAAGAGCUCUUACUCUUGGCGGCGAGGCAGCUGAUCGAAGGUCAGGGCCGCGCCGUCUAUAGCUUCCAUGCAGCCAAACAAUUAGAAAACAAUCCUAAGGGCCUCACCGCUGAGACUUCCUUUGCCUCGAUCCGGACCUACGACGCUUUGAAGGAGAGGAUCCAGAAGUUGAGCAAGGACAAGCCGCUUUCGAAGGCCGAGGCUGCCAAGCCUCCUUCCGACGAGGAGUCUGAGGACGGGACUCGGAAAGUUCAGCCUGCCGAGUCCUCGCGGGUAGCACGGGGAGUGGCCGUUCAGCCGAAACGAAAAUCGGCCAAGGGGGCGGGCAGGAAAAAGGCCGGGGACCAAGAGGAGGUCGCCACGGUGGAUGGUGACCCGGACCAACUUCCUGCUGCACUUCAGCCUGUCGUACAAGCCUUGAAGCAGACCCCGAAGUGUUUCCUCAACUGUGAUCCGGUCAGGCUGCUGAGUGGCGAGAAGCUCAUGAGGAGCGUGGACGCUGCUACCAGGCUGAAAUGUGGAUAUGCGAAGCGUGUGUGCGAGGACAUGCAGAAGGCGAAGCAGUUUCAGCACAAAUUUCUGUCCAAGCACAUCGACAUCUGUGAAUGCGCAAAUGCCCUGGCGAAUUCGAUGGAGAACAUGGGCAACAGAGAGCUGGAUGUCUGUGUGACCAAGUUGCUGGGGGAAUCCAUCGUUAUCCCUUGGCCCAUCCAGGUGCAGGUCUCAGCCAGGAAGAUCCAGUUCAAGCUGGAGGAGCUUUGUGACACUCAGUCCGCGAACAUGGCUAAGCUCACAGACGAGAUCAUGGACAUGAUCUGCGCUUGGAAGCACAUCUCGCAUCCGGUGCGCCAUGAGUCCGAUGAUGAUGAAGAGACUGCCAAGGAGAAGGAGAUGAGUGUGACAUGGUCCUCGUCCCGAUGCAGCUUCGACCUCUUGUGGAUGGACGUGGAAGGGGACAUCCAAGAUGCAGGGGACUUGAGUGCGGAGGCACAGACACAGUUGGAGGCAAAGUCAGAGGCCGAAGGGGUUCCUUUUGUUAUUUCAUGA